GCACUGGCGGCCGAAUGGUCCAAUUACCGCAGAGAAGGGGGCCUCUGAGCCCAGAUUGGCGUUCGCUCUACCUAUAGGGUAGGCCCAGGGCGGUGAGACCCUGCCCCGGAUGUGGGAGCGGCCCUGAGGUAGAACUGAGAGAACCUCCACUGUGGUCGUUUGGAGAGGCGGAACUGAGAUCUUUUUCUCGAUUAUCAUGUGACGGGUUCUGGAUUUAAUGGAGGAAAAAGUGUGGAAAAGGCCAGAGAUCCAAACUGGCGGAUUUCCUGAUCUUCGCGCCCCUCUCCGCUUUACAGCCAGCGGCGCUGCCAGGGUAUAUUUCCCUUUUUUCGACUCUGCAACAGCCUCUUUAAACUGUUUAAAUGAGAAUGUCCUUGGCUCAGAGAGUACUACUCACCUGGCUUUUCACAUUACUCUUCUUGAUCAUGUUGGUGUUGAAACUGGAUGAGAAGGCACCUUGGAACUGGUUCCUCAUAUUUAUUCCAGUCUGGAUAUUUGAUACUAUCCUUCUUGUCAUGCUGAUAGUGAAAAUGGCUGGGCGAUGUAAGUCUGGCUUUGACCCUCGACAUGGAUCACACAACAUUAAAAAAAAAGCCUGGUACCUCAUUGCAAUGUUACUUAAAUUAGCCUUCUGCCUUGCACUCUGUGCUAAACUGGAACAGUUUACUACCAUGAAUCUGUCCUAUGUCUUCAUUCCUUUAUGGGCAUUACUGGCUGGGGCUUUGAUAGAGCUUGGAUAUAACGUCUUUUUUGUGAGAGACUGACUUCUAAGGACAUCAAUUUUAUUGCUGUUCAACAAGCUAUCAUUAAAGUGUUCUGAAUCCUUGCAAGCUUGAAGAAUGCCAGAGAACCGAGAAAAAUACCAAAUGUAAUUUUAUACUGCUUCCAUAAAGUAGUCUUGGUGAAGAAUGGACUUCUAGUCAACCCAAAACUUAUUCAGUAUUUGAGUUAUGAAUACCCUAUUGGCCUAUACAAAUAAAGUUGUUUUGGAUCUUA